AUGUCCAACAGUACAUUCCCUAACAGCACAAGACGUCCUCAGGAUCAUUCUGAAUAUGUCCCAGGUCAUCCUGGACAUUUUAAGGACAUUCAUACCUCCACUGGAUAUCCUGAGGUCAUCCUUGGGACAUUAUUUUCGGGACAACCUCAGGACGUCCUUGGGAUAACUUCAGGACGUCCUUGUGGGACAGCCUCAGAAGCAGGUCACACACUGAUAAAACGAAUUUUAAAGAAAGAUGUAGUGCCAUCCAUAUUUUCGUGGAAAAGAAAAUUGGACAUUUCACUUCAAGAUGCUCGUUUGAUGCGACAGAAGCAAAGGGAGCUGAAAUUGAGUCAAAAGAGACUGAUGGUUACAAGCUCCAAUUGUAAUUCAUGUCCAACAGUUGAAACAAAUACCGCGUUUAUAGAACCUGUUCUCCUUUCGUCUAGUGAAGAUAUUAAUCAUUAUUCAUUAAAUAAAAUCUCCAUCGGUUGUGAAAUUGAAGUGACAGACUCAACCUGUAAUGCAAAUACCAGUCAAAUCACUACAGAGAAAACAGUCUCUCUUAAAGUAAAUACUGGAUCAUCUAAAAAAACUUUUGCUAAUGCUGCCACUCAAACCUUCAUGAAGAUUAUUUUUACCAUAGAGAACCUUCGAAACAAUUCGAAGAGUGUGUCUUAUUAUACGGGUUUUGAAUCCUUAGAAAAAUUAAAAUUAGUUUUACAUAGUUUGGGGCCAUCAGCUUAUGAAUUGACAUACCGAUAUGGUAAUGUAGUAAAUGUUGCUGUUGAGGAUCAGUUUCUUAUAACUCUCAUUAAAUUGAGGAGAGCCAUAUCCGAUAUAGGUUUAGCUUUGAUGUUUGAUGUUAGCAAAACGACAAUUCAGAAUAUUGUUAUUACAUGGUUAAAUUUUAUGUAUUGUGAGUGGUCUGAAAUAGACAUAUGGCCUAAUAAGGAUCUCAUUAUGUAUUACAUGCCCUCAGGAUUUAAACAGAUGUAUCCUUCAACUAGGGUAAUACUAGAUGGAACAGAAUUUCCAAUAAAUGCUCCUAAAAAUCCGAAAUUUCAGCAAGCGACCUUUAGUACAUACAAGAACAAAACCACAUUGAAAGUAUUGGUUGGCGCAACACCUGGUGGACUUAUUUCUUAUAUUUCUUCAGCUUAUGCGGGAUCUGUGAGCGACAGAGCGAUAGUUGAAAGAAGUAAUCUUACUAAGAAAACUGAGCCUGGUGGUUCUAUAAUGACUGAUCGAGGAUUUACAGUUCAAGAUUUAUUUGCUCCAAUAUAUGUAUCAAUAAAUAUACCAGCUUUUCUCAAGGGUAAAACUCAGUUACCAGGCUUGACUCUUCUUAAAGAUCGUAAACUUGCGAAUAGUAAAGAAAUUAAACCCAAAGUGUAUGUAAUACGAUUUGUCUUUUUAUUUUCUCUGACAUCCAAUGACACACUUGAACAUCCAAUCCAAUAUGAAAAUAAUCUGGAUUAA